AAACAGCCCCAAGUUCUACAUUGUGCCAGACCAGCCUGCUGCCAUCAGAGUGGAGUCAAUUGAGCUGCUGCUGCAGAUAGUUGUAGAAGAGUCCAGAUCAGCUUUUACUGCUGGCUUGGAGGAAGACACUGCUGUGUGGGUGGUGCCGUACCUACAGAGAGCCCCGGGAUUCAACAGGCUGCUGGGAGUCUGGAGCAGUGGCCUUGCGGUGCAGAGUCUGGUGGAGUUUAAAACCAGCGGGGCUCUGCAGUGGCUCAGCAUGGACGGACCCACAUCACUGUUGGAACAAACAGGACUAGCUCAGGCUGUUCGUGAGGGGACGACGCUCAGAUCAUCCAAGAUCACCAACAUCACACUCGGAGGGCUGCAGGGUGACGUCUGUGACUGGUUGCUGCAGUGCCCCUCAGGCUACAGAUGCGUGUCCCAGCCAGGCUCUUCAAACUACAGCUGCUCCUCUGUCUGCCGCUCUGACUACUGCCACCACCACGGCAUCUGCACACACCAUCCAGGCCAACUUCCAGUUUGCCGCUGCCUUGCAGGUGAUGACUUCUGGUUCAUGGGUCAGAGGUGUGACACGAGGAUGACUCGAGCACGGCUUGUGGGCGCCUGUCUGGCCACCUUGCUCAUCAUGGUGACGGUCGUUGGAGUUUUGGCCUUCGUGGCAGUGCGACGCUAUCGAGCCAUUUUGAUCCAGGCCAAAGUGGACCAGACUCGCAGCAGCUAUCGCAGGUUCAACCACUUUGACGAGCUGUCCGGUCGGUUCUGGUUGCGCUCGUGGGCGGGUUCGGCAGACUCGCUGGACAAUCCCGCCUUCACACGCUCCGACGACUUACUGCAUCUGCGAGCGCUCGACCGCCCCUGCUGUUACCAUGACGAUACGCUGUCGCUGGGUUCCACCUGCCCCAGCCAUGGAGCACACAUGAGCACCAUCUACCCCCACAGCUCCCAGUAUGGCUGGAGGGGGAGUGAGAUGAGUAUGGGGGAUGGUGUGCUGGACUCAGGUAAGGCCAGCGACCUUUCUGUCUGUAGCUGGCCUGUUGAACCCAUUCACUGGACUCCGUUCCCGCUUCUGCAGCAGCUGGCUUCCCACAGGACGCCCACAGUCAGAGUAUCACGGCCGCGGUCUUACUGUGAGGGCAUGGAGCUGGUAGACCUGGGGAAGAGCUGGACUGCUUGACAUACACAAAAACAAAUGAAACUGUUCUGACACUGGUAUUUGCAGUUCAUUGUUGCAUUGUAAAACUCAAAUGUUCUUGUUUUGUAAAUAAAAAAAACUCAAAACAAUAAAUGUACUAUACAUGUG